AUGGCAUCUAGUUCUAAUAUUGAUGCUUCAAAUUCUAGCGAUGAUGAAGCAUGGGAACAAAGUGUUGCCGAACAUAAUCGCCAACUUGAUCGCAUAAUUGAGGAUGUGGUCAUCCAUGCCGCAAGUCUAUCUGUACAACCUACCAAUCAUGCCGUUAGAGGAAGGAGACGGUAUAUUGAAAGAAGACGUGAGAUAGGCCAUGAAGGUGUGUUCGAGCAGUACUUUUCAGAAGAUCCAAUCUAUCCCCCAGAAUAUUUUCGAACAAGGUUUCGCAUGCGAAAGCCUUUGUUCGAACGUAUAAUGAACAAGCUUGUCGCCACCGAUAGAUUUUUUCAGCAACACCCUGAUGCAGCUGGCCGUCUUGGUAUGUCUCCAAUUCAAAAAUGUACUGCGGCUAUGAGGGUGUUGGCAUAUGGCACCUCAGCCGAUUUGCAUGACGAAUACUUACGAAUGAGUGCCCAAGUCAUUCGUAAAUCAGUCAUCAAAUUUGUUGAAGGUGUCAUUUCCAAUUUCGGAGCUGAGUACCUCAGAAAGCCAACUGAAGAAGAUAUGGCAGCUCUUCUUCAUAUCGGAGAACGGCGAGGGUUCCCAGGCAUGAUGGGCAGUAUUGACUGUAUGCAUUGGGAAUGGAAAAAUUGCCCUACUGCAUGGGCAGGGCAAUAUGCAGGACGAAGCGGUACGCCAACAAUUAUUCUGGAAGCAGUUGCAUCACAAGACCUAUGGAUCUGGCAUGCAUUUUUUGGAACCCCAGGUUCAAGAAAUGAUAUCAAUGUACUUGAUCAAUCGCCUGAUUUUGAUGAUAUCUUGGAAGGUCGAGCACCUAAGGUCAAUUAUAUCGUUAAUGAUCGCGAAAGGAAUAUGGGAUAUUAUCUCACUGAUGGUAUAUAUCCUCAAUGGGCGGCAUUUAUCAAAUCUAUUCCCGCUCCACAACUUCGAAAGCACCAGUUGUUUGCUCAACAUCAAGAGGCUGCCCGAAAAGAUGUUGAGCGAGCAUUUAGAGUUUUACAAGCACGUUUUGCUUUCAUCAAGCGGCCAUGUCUUAUUUGGGAUCGUGAUAUUAUGGGAAAAAUAAUGAUUGCUUGCAUCAUCAUGCAUAAUAUGAUAGUGGAAGAUGAAAGAAGCACUUACCUUAACUAUCAUGAUCCUACAGAAUUCAUCGAAGAUCGACUAAGACAGAAUACUCGUCGAAGUGAAGAUGAAGAAGAAACUAAUGAUUUCGUAUACUCUACGAAUAGGAUUGUAAGCCUAGCGAGCUAUAUGAGAACUAGGUCCCAACUUCGCAAUCGAGAAGAUCACAGCUCUCUAUUACACGACUUGAUCGAGCAUAUAUGGCAAAAGUUUGGAGAUGAUGAUUAAAUGCGUAGUAUGUAUUGUUUUUUUUUCUAUUUCGAGUUUGGAUUGUUGUAAUUUAUAUUUUUAGUUUGUCUUAAUUUAAAUUUUUAUUAUUUUGUUAUUUUUUAAAAUUUUAUUAUAAUAUAUUAAUUUAUAUUUAAUAUUAUUAAAAUUAUUACGAUUAAAAAUAAUAAUAAAAUAAUUAUAAAAUUAUGUUGUGGUUGAGUGGUUGGAUGGUUGGGGUGGUCAUUGAUAAAUGAACAAAAAUAGAGGUGGUUGGGUUGGAUGAAUAUUAGUGAUGUGGAAGAGAGAGAAAGUAAUUAAAUAUUAAAGAUGGUUGGAUGGUUGGGUGGUUGGAUGGUUGCUGAUAAACAUGG